AUGCUGUUCUCUUGGUUAUUUAUCUCUUGCUUUCCACAGAUUACUAUUCCUACGCCGUCCUACAGGAGCAGCGAGUGCUUAGUCAGAAUGCAAUACCGUUUAAAUGGUAAAGGAAACAUGGCAAUUGUUGGGUUUUUCCCUGCUUAUACUGCCUACCCACUCAACAAAACAACUGAUUGGAGAAUGGCUAAAUUCACCAGAGAUUUUAUGGUCGAGUUUAAGCUGAGGAACUACCAAUGUAUUUUGGCCAUGAUGUUUGCCAUUGAGGAGAUCAACAACAAUCCUUAUCUUUUACCCAACACAUCCCUGGGAUUCGAGGUCUACAAUGUCCCGCAUGAUCAAAGGCACACUCUGGCCAAUGUUUUUGUCUCAUUUUCAGGCACUGGCUAUGGCAUCAGUAACUACAGAUGUGCAAGCGAAAGCACGCCAGUUGCUGUUCUCACGGGCCCAUCAUGGGCUCUAUCUGAACACAUAGGGACACUGCUGGGUCUUUACAAAUUCCCACAGCUUACAUUUGGGCCUUUUGACAGCGCCCUGAGUGAACGAAGACGGUUUUCUUCCCUGUACCAGGUGGCCCCCAAGGACACAUCUCUGACAGUUGGCAUUGGAUCUUUGAUGGUCCAUUUCCAUUGGAACUGGGUCGGACUGUUCAUCAUGGAUGAUGACAAAGGUGCCCAGAUUCUGUCAGAUUUGAGAAGCGAGCUGGAGAAAAUUGGAGUCUGCAUAGCAUUUGUGGAAAUGACCCUGGUCAGCAGGGGUUCUUUUCUCACCACAUCCUGGAAAAAUCAGGUGCAGAUCCUGAAAUCCUCAGCCAAUGUGAUUAUUAUUUAUGGGGACACCGAUUCUCUAUUGAGCUUAAUAGUAAAUCUAAAGCAGAAGUUACUUAUGUGGAAAGUCUGGGUCCUGAACUCACACUGGGACUAUUCCAGCUUUGAUAACUAUUUGCUGUUGGAUGCAUUGCAUGGAGCCCUUAUUUUUUCACACCAUAAUGAGAAGAUUAUCAAUUUCACAAACUUUAUACAGACAGCCAAUCCUUCCAAAUACCCAGAAGACACUUAUCUUCAUGUAUUGUGGCAUUCAUUCUUCAAUUGCUCAUUUUUGAGGAGAGAUUGUAAAAUUGCGGAUAACUGUCUGCCGAAUGCCUCCUUGGAGUUCUUGCCAGGGAAUAUAUUUGACAUGGCCACAAGUGAAGAGAGUUACAAUGUGUACAGUGCGGUGUAUGAUGUGGCCAAAAGUCUGCAUGAGAUGACUCUCCAACAAGUACAAUUGCAAACUCCUGGAAAAGGAAAAGACACGGUGUUCUUCCCCUGGCAGCUUCACCCUUUUCUAAAGAACACACAGAUCAUCAGUCACGAUGGAGACAAGGAGGUUCUGGAUUGGAAAAGGAAAUCACAUGCAGACUAUGACAUCCUCAACUUUUGGAAUUUCCCCAAAGGUCUUGGGCUAAAUGUGAAAGUAGGAACAUUUUCUCCAAAUGCUCCAGACGGCCAGAAAUUGUCCUUAUCAUCUCACAUGAUACAGUGGUCCACAGGAUUGACAGAGACUCCUCAGUCUGUAUGCAGUGAGAGCUGUCUUCCGGGAUUCAGGAAAACCCACCGAGAGGGUGAGGCUGCCUGUUGCUUUGACUGCACACCUUGCCCGGAGAAUGAGAUCUCCAAUGAGACAGAUGCAGAUCAGUGUGUGAAGUGUCCAGAAACUCACUAUGCAAAUACAGAGAAGAGCCACUGCCAACAUAAGACUGUGACCUUCCUGGCCUAUGAUGACCCCUUGGGGAAGACACUCGGCUUCAUCUCCCUGGGCUUCACCUCGCUCACAGUUGCUGUUCUCUGGGUGUUUCUGAAACACAGAGACACUCCCAUCGUCAAGGCCAAUAACAGGACUCUCAGUUACACCCUGCUCACCACUCUGACCCUGUGUUUUCUCUGUCCUUUGCUCUUCAUUGGCCGGCCUAGCACAGUCACCUGUAUCCUGCAGCAGAACACAUUUGGACUGCUGUUCACUGUGGCUCUUUCCACUGUGCUGGCCAAAACUCUCACUGUACUUAUAGCCUUCAGGGUCACCACUCCAGGGAGAAUGAGGAGGUGGCUGCUGACAUCCAGGGCCCCUAAUUUCAUCGUUCCCAUCUGCACCCUGCUGCAAGUUGUUCUCUCUGGAGUUUGGCUGGCAACCUCUCCUCCAUUUAUUGACAAAGAUGCUCACUCAGAACAUGGACAUAUCAUUAUCAUUUGCAACAAAGGCUCAGCUGUUGCCUUCUACUGCAUCCUGGGAUACCUGGGAUCACUGGCCCUAGGAAGCUACCUGAUGGCAUUCUUGUCCAGGAAUCUGCCUGACACAUUCAAUGAAGCCAAGUUCCUGGCUUUCAGCAUGCUGGUGUUCUGCAGUGUCUGGGUGAGCUUCCUCCCUGUCUAUCAUAGCACCAAGGGGAAGAUCAUGGUGGCUAUGGAAGUCCUCUCUAUCUUGGCUUCCAGUACAUCACUCUUAGGCAUCAUCUUUGCCCCAAAGUGCUACAUCAUACUCUUAAGGCCAGAAAGGAACUCACUCCAUCACAUUAGAGACAAGACGUAG